AUGUCCAGUUUAAAAGAUAUACUGCGUAGCAUAACAACCUUUGUUAACUCUUCGAAUUCUGAUGUUCAGCCGAUUAUCGAUCUUAUCGAUACCUUCGCGGCUUUGCAAGAUCGCGAGAAAACGGAAAAGAUUUCUGCUGAACUGCUGACCCUCUUCAAUUCUGUGCAAAACAACCCACAAAAGAUCCACGCUUUUUUAAAAUGUUUACGAGCGAUGUUGCCCAUUUUGGGAGCUGAUAUUUUUAUAACUGAUUGGUGGGGUCGAGUUCUACUUCCCGUCCUUCAUUCUCCAUUACAACCAAAAGACAUAGUGGAAGAAGUUAAAGGGAUUACACGGGACAUAUUAGUGUGCGAAACAGAACGUGUAACAACAUUUAGAAAGGAAAUUCUUGAACUUUACCUAAAGGAAACAAACAUGGUGGGAAAAGCGGCUGGCGAAGGAAAGGGAGUAGUGGGGGAACAAGUGCACGCAUUCUGGUGUAGAAAUUUGGACAAUGUGCUCAGAAACUUUGGCGGUGCCAAGACCAAGGAUUUCUUUGAUCUUUUAAAUUCCUACUUUGUUCAACAAAAAUAUCGACUACAAAUAUUAUCUUUGCUAGCUGAAUUCAUCCGGUGUCAGAGCUUACACAUUCACCUAAUUUUGGAGACGCCUCUUCUUGACUCCUUACUCACAUCCCUGCAGAAAGAUACGUCUACCACCCUGAUUUCCUUAUCACUGACAACACUUAUCAUGCUUCUACCUCAUAUAUGUACACCCGUCGUCUCUUAUCUCCCACGUCUCUACAUUAUAUUCGUGAGAAUUUUAUGUUGGGACAAACGCAAUUCAAGUUCCAUGGAUUAUGAAGAUGAAGUGGAUGAUGAGGUCUUUGUCGAUAGUAACUACUCGCCAAAAGAAAAAAAGGGCGACGGGUGGGAACAAUGCGAUUCAACAUUUGAUAAUAUACCAUCAACACCGCCGAAUUGUUUACAUUUUUUUACAAUACUAUACGGGAUGUUCCCAUGUAAUACUGUGAAAUUCUUAAGAGAUCCGAUAAAGUGGUUAGAGGAAAAGGAAUCCAACCCUUUAUAUACGAAAAUUGACAACGAUGUCAUACGUUCUAGAAGUUUGCCAUUAUUGCGGCGUCAUACUCUACAUCCAAAUCUUGUUCUUAGCGAUUCUCGAAAAGAGCUUUCUGACACUUCAAGGUGGAUGAAACUUGAACCUGCAGAUGUAGUUGCCGAAUGUAUGGGAUUAGAUAUGGAAAACACGUCAACAUCGAGCGAGAUGGAAGACUUAACAAAAAAAGUAUUGGAACAAGUUGAUUCGGUAGCUGAUACCGGAACAGAAAAGGUUCGACGAACCUCACAGGCAAUAUCAUUGCAAGAAAUCAUGGAUGUUCAUCAGGCCCUAAAAAGUGGAGCUGAUAUAGUCGUAGGCGAUGAUCCCUGGGCUUCAAAGAUAAUCUCAUAUUCAAAUUCACUCACCUCUCCUACAGAUACAUCGCAACUUUCUGUACCUUCCAUAUCAAAUACAAAGGUUAAUUCUUCCAUUCCCUCAUCCCCUUCAAAACCUUCUGCUCUCUCUUCAUCAAAUACCCAAGCCAGUAUUUCGUUUCUUCAACGUGAAAUAAUGCUGCUUCGAAAUGAACUAAAUUUUGAGCUUUAUCUGAAACAACAACACCUUCAACAUAUUGGUCGCCUUCAUCGUGACCAUGUGCUUGAUAAUCGAGUUGAAGCUGAAAGUCAAAAUUUAUACAACACUUGUCGAAGUUUAAAAUCCCAAUUAGAACAAAUACAAUCCGCUUUUAAUAGACAGCGAGAUGAGACAUCUAACAUAAAGAAAAAACACGUUCAAUGGGCAGAUGACCUAAAUACAAAGUUAAAAAAAUACCGUGAAGAAAAAAAAGAAUGGAAAACGGAAAUGGACAAGUUAGAGCAACAGUUGAGGGAAGCCAAGCUCACCAUUAGCGUACAAGAGAAACAGAUAGAAGAAUCUAACGCAAGGGAAGCCGACACGCACAAAUUUCAGGAGCAAAAGCGUCUCAUGGAGGCCCUUGUAGCGCAAUGGCAUAAAAUGGAACUGAAACUGGAGUUCGGUGAAGCCGAAAUUAAACAAUUAAAGUCAUUAGUCAGUUCUCAAUCACGUAUAAUUGAUGACUUGAAAAUCAAAUCCGAAUCUUCAUUACAAAACACAAGAACAAAUACACUAGAAAAACAGAUGAGGAUUUGGACAUCCGAAAGAGAUAGGCGAGAUAAGGAAUUCAAAAGGUUGGAAACAAAUUAUGAAAAUGUUAAAAAACAUAAUGAAGAAUUGCAGCUACGUAUUGUUGAACUUUUGGCACAAGUAGAAUCGCUAACCCAACCUUCACAAAACCUGAUUGCUCGUUUAAUCUUUGGAGAUAUUAAGAAAUUCGAAUUGUGCGUUCCGUUCACGAAAAUGAAAAACUUCAUCGAAAAGGAAUCUUCUGAUUUUUAUAACUUCAAGCUCAUAAAACGGAUAGUUUCUUCUAUUUCUGGUGGAUUAUUUUUUCUUGAUACUCCCUUGUGA